AUGAGGAACUCACUUCGGAAUAUUGUGAAUACUCUUGUCGCAACUAAAUGCAUUUGGGUGACAUUUCUCGCCUUCGUGCUUCCUAUAAAGCUGGCGACGGAUUAUCCCCCUGAACUAAAACAGGAAUCAAAAUGCGCGUAUGUAAUUAUUGUAAUGGCUGUGAUGUGGUUGACGGAAGCCAUCCCAAUACCAGUGACGUCAUUGUUUCCGGUGUUCCUGUUUCCAAUGGUGGGUGUGGCUCCCGCAAGAGCGAUAAGCUCAGCUUACUUUUCGGAUAUUUCCAUGCUACUCCUAGGCGGACUGCUCAUAGCUUUGGCCCUUGAGGAGACGAGACUUCACUAUAGAAUCUCGCUAUACGUUUUGGUUCUAGUUGGAGCCCAGCCAAUGAUGUUAAUGCUCGGGGCGAUGGUGUCAACCUGGCUGCUCUCUUUCUGGAUCAACAACACGUCAGCCACUGCCAUGAUGAUUCCCAUCAUACUUGCUGUGUGUGAGUCUGUCAGGGAGGUUAGGGCUCAAUCAGUCGAAGAAAGCGAAAGCAAAACGCUUGUUACGUAUGAGGUUGAAAUGCGUGAUGUGACGGUAAACGAUUCUUCAGAAAUCCAAAAUGGAAGGACUCGCACAAAGAGCUUUCAGGAGAAUAUAGAAAGUCACACCGUAUUCAAGGACAAAACUGCAGAAAAGGAGUACAAGGCGUUGGCCAAGGCGCUUUGUUUCUGUGUUGCAUAUGGUGCAUUUUGUGGCGGCAUGGCAACAAUCACGGGAACCCCGCCAAAUCUUGUAUUAAAAGAUGUCGUAGACAAGUUCUACAGAGAUUAUAAUCAGAAUGAAUCGCCCAUAACAUUUACCUCCUGGAUGGCUUUCGGAUUUCCUCUCUCGCUUUUGACAAUGAUAGUCGGCUGGCUAUGGUUGUCCUUCAGAUUUCUUGGUUUGAGCUGCUUUAAAAAAAUGGAUCCUGAUACUAAGGCAGCGAUUAACGCUGCCAUCAAAAAGAGAGCAAAGUCACUCGGUAGAAUGUCAUUUGCAGAGUCUCAAGUUGUAGUCGUCUUUGUGUCCAUGGUAUUCUUUUGGUUGUUUCGGAAUCCUCCAAAUAUAGACGGUUGGGGCAAGCUGUUCAUUGAUGAAGAUGUUAAUAAUGGAUUAAGUUUGGUAUCAGAUUCAACGCCAUGCAUUCUACUGAGUACUCUGCUCUUCAUAUUGCCGGAGAAAAGACCUAACUUGUUCUGUUGGCAACAAGGUAGUCCGUCUUACACACCUAUCUUGAAAUGGCAGAUGGUUACGAAACGGUUACCGUGGGGUGUCCUUAUUCUUGUCGGUGGUGGCUUUGCCAUGGCUCGAGCUAGUCAGUUAUCAGGACUCUCCGUCUGGAUAGGAAAUCUGUUUCGAGACUUCGCCAGGCAGGAUCCAACUGUGAUGAUGUUCGUGAUUCUCAUAGUGGUUGGUUUUACAACGGAAGUGAUGAGUAACCCAGCUACGGCGCAGCUGUACCUUCCGAUUCUCAGAGAUAUGUCAGUAUCCAUAGGAAUAAACCCUUUGUACUUGAUGAUAGCAGCAACGACCGCUUGCUCAUUUUCCUUUAUGCUGCCGACAGCAGCGCCACCAACAGCCAUCGUGUUUGCGACAGGGUAUAUAUCCAUACCAGAUAUGGCAAUGGCCGGGUUUCCAAUGAAACUGAUUGGUAUUGCAAUGUCGAUGUUGGCAGUUAAUACGUGGGGAACAUGGUAA